UAUUCAGAAGCCAUGGACUCAAUCUAUAAUAAAAUUAGAAAUAAUGAUGUGGAAGGAUUGAAAAUCUUACUUCAGGAGAAGCCAUUGGAAAUUAACAAACCUAUAAAUGAAUAUGGACGAACUCCUUUAAUGUUUGCCUGUCGAGUGGGCGCCAACAGAAGAAUAUUUGAGAUUCUGAUCGAAGCUGGUGCGGAGUUAGGAGCGAAAGACUACAGGGGUGGCACAGCUAUACAUUAUGCUGUUUUGUGGGAUCGACAUCAAGCAGUGGAGAUCUUACUAUCUCGGGGUUGUGACGUGAAUCCUCGAGAUGUAGAUGGUCAAACACCGCUGCACUGCGCCUGUUCGUCGGGAUGCUUUCACACUGUCGAGCUGCUGUUGAGUCACAAUGGCAUCGAUGUCAAUGUGAUAGACAAGGAGGGAGACACACCACUGCAUGUGGCAGUUCAGCAGCGAAAAUAUAAAGUGGUGUGUGCGAUGCUGUCCAAGGGUUCAGUUCAGUUCGAUAUUAAGAACAAAAAGGAAAUGACACCAUUGCUUGAAGCCGUUUCCCGGGGUCACCUCGGAAUGACACACCUGUUAAUAGCCCUGGGUGCAAGCAUAAAUGCUGUUGAUGGUGAGGGUAACAGCUGUUUGCACCUUGCCGUGGAAAGAGAAGUGUUUGAUUCCGAGGGUGCACCCUUGGAUUUACUAAACGAAUGCUGCACUUCCCUUAACCUGAAAAUAGAAGAAAGGCUCUCUGGUAUAGUGGUUGCGAGAUAUCUCGCCAGCCAGGGAGCUGACUUUCACCAUAAAAACAACAAAAAUAACACACCAUUGGACCUCAUUAAGGACCCAAAUUUGAGAAAAAAAUUAGAAGCAUUUUCACCACCACAAUGUGUGUUUUGUGAAGACGAAGUGGCCACAGAGACGUUCUUUCCAUGUAAACAUCUUUCGCUGUGUAAGAAAUGCUGUCCCCAAAAGAUACCUAAACGAUGCCUCAAGUGUGGACAGAAGAUAACGAGAAAAAAUAGUUUGGAGGGUCCAAAGUCGUCAAAGCCGGAAGUCCAGAUGUUGACAGAACCACCUGUGAAUCGAACAUUUGAAGUCAAGGAAACACAGACAUUGGCUGAACCUGUAGUGCGUCCAAAGUUUAAAGGGAAAGCAUCCCAGAGAGUGGUAGAGCCAGUUGAACAUUCAACAGCAAGUAUAGUACCCGGAGCCAGUACCGAUUCCGGUUUACAAUCAUCUUCUGGAGUAGAUGAAUCAGAGGAAGGAUAUUAUGGAAGAGAUUUUGCCAAAAGGACCCAACUCAGUUCAAAACAAUAUGAACAUUCAACAGGAAGUAUGGUAUCGGGAGCCAGUACCGAUUCCGGUUUUAAAUCGUAUUCUGGAGUAGACCAAUCAGAGAAUGAUUAUUAUGGAAGAGAUUUUGCCAAAAGGACCCAACUCUGUUCAAAACAAUAUGGUGAGUUUAAAAUUAUAUUACCUCAUCGAUUUCCAUAAAGAUUCUGUCAUAU